UAAAAAGAUUAAGAGGCCAAAGUAGUGGAGCUCGUGAAACCAGCAACACGGUGGUUGAACGCACCCACCGCUUCCUUCUGUCGCUGAGGAGGACAUGGCAACGACUCCACUCCAUAAUAGAACAGUAUAUAUAAAUAAAUAAAUAUUUUUAAUUAAUUAAUUUUACGCAUGAUUUGCGGCUCCGUCGUCUCCACUAACCGCCACCUAAGGUGGGCUUCCUCUAUAAAUCUCAUUCCUGUUCCCCGUCUACCAGAGUCGGCCACAUCAGGCCGUUCGUUCUGUUGGAGAUUCGCGCAAUCGCAUGAUCGGUGGCUUGGGUGAUAGAUACCCUUACUGUCCUUGAAGAUUCCCAAACUCGACCAAUUUCCUUCUGUUUCCAAGCCUCCUCGCCUCUCUUCUCCUCUCUCCCUUCUUCUUCCACGGAUGGGUGAAAUGGACGUUGAUGGCGAGACCGAGGUUGCCGGAGCGCCGCGUGAGAGGUGCCAGAUGCCGCCACCGGAGGAGGACCCUCACCUUCCGCCGGAGUCAUUCCAGGUACCCAUCGGCGGCGACGGGAUCGACUGGACUGACCUCAACGCUGUCUUCGAUCGCGACGACUCCACCAAGGGCAGCACCAACCCCAAGUCCGCCAACGCCAAUCCUAAGUCGAGAUCCAUCUCGGAGCGCUCGUCCGCGAGCCUCAAGGCGAAGCCCGCGGUGCUCGGCCUGCCGAGCGCGAUCGGGACCCCCGGAUUCACCGGACGGGCCUCGAGACGGCAGCGACCGCCCUCCGGUCGGAUAUUUCCGAAGAAGGGCGCUCGGUCGGGCCGGGAGUCGGCGGCGGAUCCGGGCUCGCCGAAGGUGUCGUGCUUCGGGAAGGUCCUCUCGGACAGGGAGAGGAGAAAGCAGGGGAGGAGCUGGCGCUGGGCGAGCUGCUUCGAGGCGAUGUGCCGGUUGGGAGACGAGCGGAGGAGGGGAUCGCCCCCGUCGGCGGGGAAUGCGGGCGGGGCGUUCUUGCCGGUGGAGGCGGGGUUGGGAGCGAUGAGGAGGUUCGCCUCGGGGCGGAGGUCGGCGACAUGGGGAGAGGAAGAGGCGGAGGAGGGGCAAAUGAGGCAUCGCCAUCUGAAGAGGGCGGUGGCGGAAGUGGAGCACAACGGGAGUGGGGUUGAGUGAGUGUGGGUGUCUGUUGCUUUUCCUAAAAGAAUAGCUUGGUGAGCCCGUUAUGGGAUUGAGGAUGUACGAGAAUGGAUUGUUUUCUCGAUUUGUCAUUUAAACAGUAUAUAUAUAUAUAUAUAUAAACUUAAUGAACUUGUAAAAAUACUCGUCAGUUUUUUUUUCUUUCUUUUUUUAAGAUAAAUGCUAUGAAAUUUUUAUCCCAAUAGAUAAGACUUCGAACUCUUAAUCACCAAAUUGUUAACAAAACAUUAUGAACCUUUAAAAUUCUUAACAUAAGAUAAUUAAAUCAAAUAUGCUUUCAGUAUACUAAUAUAGUAUAAAGGUUUUAAAAUGAGAUAAAAU